CCUCCUGGACUGGUCAGACCCUGGCUUCUCAAUCCUACGCAAGCAAGGAUGAAGAACAAUCCUGAAACGCUUUAGGAGGGACAGCAGGAUCUGAUGGUGGGAUGCUGAGGUCUGGAGUCUUACAGGUGCACUUCUGGGUAUGUGCUCUCUGGUUUUGGGAGCUGCUGCCUCACACUGGACUCUGGUCUCCCAUCGAUGCAGUGUCGACCCAGCAGCAUCCUGCCCUGAAGGAGAGAAGUUCCAAGCAUCAAACAUCAAGAACAGGUCCCAUGGAGACAAGGCCACACAGCAGCUUCCAGUGUCAGCGUUCCCACUGCGUCCUUCCCACAGGCAGCCCGAAUUCAGCUGCUCACAUACACAGCUCUGUGAUACUUGGCUCUGGGAAGAGAUGUGGAGGAAAUGUCUGGCAGAUUUGCACCACAGAGAGAGCAGCACUUGCUUGGAGAAAUUGCUGUCUAACAGAUCCUUUGUGGACUUCCGACCAAAACCAUCCAGUGCAACAUAUGAGAACAGUCAGAAGGAAAGGUGUAGCACAGUUGACCAAAACCCAGAAUCAUCUGCACUAUGGGCAUCUCCCACUGCAUCAUUAAGGACCCCAGUUAUGUCUCUGAUCCAGAUCGAAGCUCGUUUGCUUGCGCAGCCUCACAACAGAGAGCUCAGUUUGAGCUCCUUGAUUUCAGUGUUGGCCAAGGUUUUGCGUUUUGCACCAAGAUCCGUGCUGCUGCCAUCACCCACGACGCCAAGAAUAGAGAUCAUCUCUUUCAGAAUGUGA